AUGUACGAGCAGGGAGAGCCUGUCCGGUCGUCUUUCUCCGGCCCCGACAGCCGCAAAACCAGUGAGCCUCCCCAACCCCGUCCCGUCCGGCAGAGUGGUUCACGCGGGCGUGUCCGCCAUGGCAACGGCGCUUCUGACAAACAGCGGGAAGAUCAGGGCACGUCUUCACACACGUACGAAGACGCCGAGGAGGUGAAACGUUAUGCAUCGUCUGCAGACCGCUCGUAUCCGGGUGGAGCGAGCGGCCGCCGGGGUGUCUGUAGCUUCCUCUACGCCCGCCGCAGCAGCCUGGCCGCCAGCAUCGCCGUGCUGCUUAGCCUAGGCGCCGUGGGACUCGCCCCUCUGACGUUCAGCAACAAACAAGAAAUAUCCCAAUUGUCGACUACUGUUAACACCAUUAAACGUGGCCAAGACGACAUGCGCCGUAUGUUCACCACUAUUAACGCCUUGAAGCGCGACCAAGACGACAUGCACCAACUGUCCACUACUGUUGACGCCUUGAAGCGCGACCUGGACAACGAGCGCAGCCGGACCGCCACCUUGGAGCAGCGUCUUGACGAGAUUGAGAAGACUUUACAUCCUUGUCCCGAAAGUUACACCAAGUGGCGUGGAAUCUGCUACAAGGCCUUCAACACACGCAAGUCCUUCAAUGCGGCGGCGGCGGCCUGUCUUGCAGACGGCGGCACCCUCGCCAUGCCCCGAGACGCGGAGACCAACGCCUUCCUGGUCUCCCUGUACAAGUCCUUAGGCGACGGUUGGAGCUUCUGGUUCGGCCUGCACGAUCAGCGCGAAGAGGGACGGUUUGAGUGGGUGGACGGUUCUGCACUUGGGUCGUACAGCUCCUGGGCUCCAGGAGAACCGAACAAAUAUGGGCGCGGCAAGGAUUGCGUCCUUUACUCCACGCAAUCAUUCCUGAAAGACAAGUGGUUCGACUAUUACUGCCACCUGCCGUUUUACUUCAUAUGCCAGACUGCUCCAGGUACGUAUUGUAUCCUCACUAUUUCCUGA